AUGCAAGCCUUUUUGGAAGAAAAUGAUGAGCAGGCUUCUACUAAUAUUGUCAACGAGAUUAUUGAGCAUCUCAAACAGCUAAAAAAUUCUUUUGAGCAAUAUUUCCCUGCAGAUCGGGAAGUAUUGUUGAAAGACCAUGAAUGGGUACUGAAUCCAUUCUCAGUUUGUAUGAAACCUUCAAGCUUAUCUUCAAGUGAUUACGAAAGGUUGAUCGAUUUAACUUCUGACUUAACAUUAAAAUCUUCCUUCAACAGCAAUUCUUAUGCCAAAUUUUGGUUAAGUUUGAAAGACAAAAGUUAUGAAGGUUUAAGCGAGAAAGCGAAAACACUAUUUUUAUUUUUACCCUUUGCCACUACUUACUUAUGCGAAUCAGGAUUUUCGUCAUACGCUACAACUAAAACCAAAUACCACAACCGCCUCAACGUUGAACCUGACCUCCGACUCCAAUUAUCAAAAAUAAAACCUGACAUUGCAAAACUGUGCCAAAAUAAGCAACCACAUACAUCACAUUAA